CUUCACUUCAAGUUCAACAACUCUGCUCUGUUUGCUAUCAAUAAUAAAACUGCAGAGGAUGAGGAGUCUGAUUGUGAAACCUUUGACCAAAUGUUCUGGAAGUUGGGAUUUUCCAGCAUGAAAAAAUUCUUCAAAUCCCUUAACGAGAUGGAAACCAAGAGCUUGUCUCUGACACAGGAGGUCCUAAAAGAGCGGCAACAGCUAGAAGUGCUUGUGGAAGGCCUCCAGCCCCAAAUAAAUGCUGGUCUGACAAAUCUGGAUGAAAUCAAGAAAACAAGAGCUGCUUUACAGCAACACAAGGCUGAAAUGGAUGCAAACAAGGAUUUUGAAUAUGAACUACAAGUAACUGUCCCAAAACAGAUUGAAAACAAAACAAGCUCCUUUUUGACCAACUGCCAGACUUGUCACUUCACAUGUCAUGAUGCAUGUGUUUAUGCAAAUGACAGUGAUAAAUAUAAGUGCUGUGCGAUGAAAGAUGGAAAGUGUCAGGUCUGUCCAGGAAAGUGUGCAUGGAAUGUGCACUUCAAUCAAAAAUACAAAUGGACUUAUGUCAAAGAAAAGAGAAAGGGAACCUAUCAGGGUUUAAAGAAGCGAUUUGAGGCUGCACAUGGACAGGUCAUGUCAAAUGAAAAGAUCUUUGAAGAGCUUGAAAAGGAGCUUAAGGAUGUUCAGGGUAUUGUUGCUGGAUUAAUUGAAAAAUCUCAAAAGUCCUUGGAGCGACUGCAGGAAAUUGCUCUCAAGCCCAAUCCUCUUUCCACCCCUGACUACAUUGAUCUGAUGAUUGAGUCUGAGAAACAAGAGGCCAAGCCAGGAUUUCGAGAUCGCAUUCAGUCUUUAAUGGAAGUCAGGAAGAAGGCAGAGAUCAUCAGUAAGGUUUCUACAGGAGACGUGCUUCCAAAAGAAUGGGAUGCAUAUACAUCCCAGAAAGAUCACACUUCUGAGCCAAGCAUCUUCUACAGGAUGCAGGAAGGUUUAAGGAAAUGGUUCAAAUGA